CACGGCUCAUUUCCCUCUGACGCUGUUGUGGUUUCAGUAGCCAGAUCGCCCAGCAACAGUGACUGGCCCCUGCAGGUUCUCCAGCCUCCUGCGGGGGGAGAGGGGGGCUGUAGAGCAAGGGCUGAGCCAAACAACAGCCGGUUGGGAAGCCUGCUCCGUGUGCUCCCAGAUCCUCUGAAUUUCGGACUUUUUGUAGUCUCGUGGUGUUUCCUGCCCCCACCUCCAUUUGUCCUGCAGCUGAUCUGGGCUGUGGUGGUGCCACAUCUGCUCAUCCUGCUCCUGAGCCCAGCAUUGCUGCAAGGGCAGCCUGGCCUCCUGUGACAUGACUGGAUGCCACUGGAAAAACCUCCCUGAGGACCCUGCCUGUGCUGGUCCUGCUCUGGAGCAGUGGGGCUUUGCAGCCCCAUGGUGUACACGCUCAUGUGCCAGCUGCAUCUUCCAUUUGGUGCCCAAAUGUUUCUGUGCAAGUGCUCCUACAGGCAGGGCCCUGGAGCAUCGUCCCCUUUUUCUGUAGGAAACAUAGAUAAAAUCAUGUCCCUGUGCUGCUCAGCAGAUGGGGAGGGCUGGAAUGGUGGGAACCAGUAACAACACUGAUGUGCUGCAUUAUCCAGUGCUCUCUGCUCUGAGGACAAAUUCCCUUUCUCUGGAAUGCCUCUCUUUGCAUGUGGAGGUGAUUUCCCUCCAUCUUGCCAGGUUUCAUUUCACAGUCAGUCUAAUCCAUGGGCUUGACCUGCUCAGAGCCUGGGACAAGGUGUGUAUGUGUGUGUGACACUCCUCCCCCAGGACAUGUGCAGAGAGACUCGUGUUCAUCUUGCCACCACCCUGCAGAAUUUGGGGAGAGCUGGUGGGCAACAGCUGGAGCUGUACCUGCAGUGUGCUCCUACCUGCCAGAGCUCAGGGGCCUGGCUGCAGGAAACACAAGCUGCUGAUACCUGCAGGGGCAAGUGGCUUUGGCUCGGGGCCUCUGUGGCUGCUGCAGAGGGGAGGGAGUGGCUGUCCCCGCAUGGUGAGGAGGUGACAUCGAUGGGCUGGGCCUGCCUGUGGAGGGCAGGAGGCGGCCAGCAGCCCUGGCACAGGAGAUGUGCCUGGUGCCCUCAGUGCUGAGGACAGCCUGGGCUGGUGGCCGUGUGACACAGUGUCCCUGGGCCCCGUGACAGGUGUCACAGACAGGAGGGGCUUCACGCCCGCUGAGCUGGUGGCUGUUGGCUGUAACGGUCUGCUGUCCUUCCGCACCAGGCACCAGCUGUGCUGCAGCCACCUCUGCCCCGGGCCCCUGGGGACACACCUCCUGCCCGAUGGCCUCAGCAGCCACCCACCGUGGCUGCUGCUCCUGAGGUGGCCCUGGUGGAGAGACAGCUGAGACCCUGACCCUGACCUGAGACCCAAGUCAUUCCUGACACAGUGAUGGAGCUGCAUGAAGGGAGCAGCAACUUCCCCUGUGUUGUUUCUGUGAUGGGGCAGCUGCCUCCCAUCUCCCGUUCUCCCUGGUGACCCCCAGCCCACUGCCUCUCCCGGGGGGCCAGCACACACUUGGUGUGUGGUGGGGCUCGGGUUCCUGGCUUCCUGCAAGCCUGGCAGCAGGGGGCCUGAGUGUGAGCCCCCAGGGAAACCUCUCUGCUCCUCCCACCAGUGAAGAGAGAUGGUCAGCGAUGCCACCCCGGUGCCCGGGGCAUGGGGUGGUGGGGUGGGCCGUGGGUGUGUUGGUGCAGCUGAAGGAAAUGGGCUGGGGUGAAGGUCCCGCCGGUGCCGUGGCACAGCAGCCUGCCUUGUGCAGCACCCCAGACCCUCUCUGAAGCAGCCUCCCUUCCUCUGCCUCCUGCCAUGGCCCUGGGCUUCACCGUCCUGCUCCUGUUGGGGAUGCUGGGCACGGCUUCCAGGGCUCAGCCCGUGCUGACACAGCCGCACUCCGUGUUCGUGCUGCCCGGGCAGACCGCUCGGCUCUCCUGCACCCUGAGCCCCCAGUACAACAUCAGCCAGUUCGGCAUCUCCUGGUACCAGCAGCGCCCGGGGCACUCCCUCAGGUAUCUGCUCUAUUACAACUCCGAGCGAGACAAGCACAAGCCUGCCAAGACUCCCGACCGCUUCUCGGCCACCAAAGACCUCGCCAGCAACGCCUGCAUCCUCUCCAUCGCCUCUGCCUGCCAGGACGACAACGGCACCUACUACUGCUCCCUGUCCCCUGCCUUCAAAUGGCUCUAGAGACGGGAAUUAAAGCUUUCCGCGCUUUCCUCGGCGACCCUGACAUGCUCUCAGCAGGGAGAACAGCAGCCCUGGCAGGGGUGGGAAAAACCCAUCUUUGCACGCUUGAGCAGGCCCGGCAGCGCUGCCUCGUGCUGGGAAGUGCAGGAACCUCCUCUUUGUCCCCAAAGUCCCCAGUGUCCAUGGGGCGUUAGACAGCCCCACACGGGAAGAUGGAGGGCUCGGCUGUGGCCUGGCUUCCCUGGGCUCUUCCAGCACGAGGCUCGACCUGGCUGGGGCUUCCGCAGAGUUUGGCUCACCUGGUAAUAAAGAUAAUAAAGGUCAAUCCUCA